UAAGCACUGGUAUCUAUCCUUGUUGUCCCCAUUAGUCAAUCACAGCUUGCCAUUCUCGAGGUCACGCCCCAGCGAACAGGGUGUGGCUCGCAUCGGCCAAUCCGUACCCCGCAGCAAAUCAACAUGUAAUAGAUCGCCGAAGAUCUCUGACGGUCUUGGUCCCCGCCCUUAACUCUCGCGUUUCCUCCUAACCUCAGCAGCGUGCCCACCGCCCUCGCCCCACUUAACAUGUCUUGCGCCUGACAGAAGACAUCCCCACCCAUCCUACCCCCUCUCCAUCCACUAUGCGCCCCGAGGAAACGCAGCGGCUCCGUCAGACGGCAGCUGCCUUUUCGCAGCUCCUCCGCUCGCACGACAUUCCGCACGCCUUCCAUGGCAACUUUUUGGUGUCCUUGGUUUCCCGCAGACAGCUUUGCGAGGAAAUGGUAUGCAUCGUGGAAAACGGGCAACGACAUGCCUUCCGCCGGGUGCGGGACGCGCUAGCGUCGUCCGAAGACUUUAGGACAGUCUUUUCACCGUGGACAAAUCGAUUACACGUUACAUACACCGAAUUAAUCCCUUCCAUCGAGUUCGAGAUUCUACCCGCUGGCGAGACGGGUCCGCUACGUCUCACUCGACAUACUGUUAUGAAGAUUCAGGGUGUACCCUUUCUGACGAUCACGGAGUACGUGCGCGCCAAGUUGAACAGCUGGAUAAUCCGACGACUUGACCUCGACGCUCACGACCUGCUGUACGUCCUAGCGCGGUACUGGAACAGCGUUGACGCCAACCGCAUAUCGGACACCGACAUGAAUGUAUUUGUCCACGAAAAUCCUGAGGCGGCGCCACCAUGGGCGGCUAUCCGGCGAAAGUACGAUUUGUAGCAUGGCUGUUAUUUGCGGGUAUACCCUACGACACGGAACGAGGCCUGUAUUGUGGAAUUUAAUUUAUUGAUAUGGUCAGACGCCCAAAUUCACCGCAUCGACAAAGCUCUUGACGUUGCAUUGCCUGCCGUCACCCUGGGCGUCGGAGGAGUUGAGGG